CCGGACGCCAUCUUGGGUCAGUGUCGCUCUAGCCGUCGAAGGGGAAGGACAGACACUCGCUCCUCCGCUCCUCACCUGGCCUACCUGUGGCGGCUUAUUGAUUGGUGUUAACAUGUCGCUCUUCGGCGCCCUCAUGGCGGGCCUCGACGACGACCCCUUCUUCGGGGGUCACCGCAGCAUCAUGCGCCAGAUGGACCAGAUGAUGAACACCAUGAUGCGCGACCCCUUCGAGAACGACCCCUUCUUCGGCAGGGGCGGCGGUGGCGGCGGCGGCGGCGGGGGGCUGCAGGCCAUCACGGCAGGACCCACCGCUGGCCCCCUGGCGCGCCGCCCCCGCACCGCUCCCAACUCCCCCCCAUCCAGGGCAGUGGCCAGCCCCUUCGGCGCCCUCGGCAUCCCCUCCAUCGGCAACAUGAUGUCCUCGCUGGACCAGAUGGCUCAGACCGGGAACUGCCACAUGUACAGCAGCUCCUCCGUGAUGACCAUGACCACCGGACCCGACGGCAGGCCUCAGGUGUACCAGGCCACCUCCUCGACAACUGGGGUGCCGGGUGGCGUGAAGGAGACGCGGCGCACCAUUAGUGACUCAAGGACAGGUACGCGCAAGAUGGCCAUCGGACAUCACAUCGGCGAGCGCUCCCACAUCAUCGAGCGCGAGUCAAACCGCGGCAACGAUGUGGAGGAGCGCCAGGAGUUUAUUAACCUGGACGAAGAGGAGGCCCCGCAGUUCGACCGUGAGUUCCGCCAGCGAACGCAGCACCAGGGGAUGGGACGCCCGGGCUCGCUGGAGUACCGCCGCUCCCGCCACUCCUCCCCCCCUGCCUCCUACAACCCCCGCGCCCGUCACAGCACCCCCCCGGCCUCCUACACCCCCCGCGUGCCCGCCAUUACCGCCUCCGCCACACCCUCCUCACGAUACAGGAGCCGAUCCAGACCUUUGCUCUCCAUCACUGCAGGUCCCAGGUAAACCCUCCAAGGCCUCGGGUUACCUGGGAGGAGUGGGCAAGGAGGAGAGACAGGGAGGAGCGCGGGCACAGGUCUUACCGUCGUUACCAACCCACCAUGUAACGGCUGCCGGCGCCGACCCCAUGAGCCACACACACAACACAGCAUGGACACGACAGCGGCAGACACUGUGGCUUGCGUCGGAGUAGCUGGGUACUGAGAAACUCGGCGACGGCAGCGACGGAGCGUUCACUAUCCACCUAGCGUUAAGGCCCCAGGCAUAUACUGGUAUUUUGAUAAGAGCGUCUAGUUUCCAUACGAUAGUCAUCCUGUAAGCCAACCGUUUUGAUAUCUAUCCGCAGUAUAUAUGAACAUGUAUAGGGACGUACUCUGACUCGUCACCCGACUGCCAAAUAUAUAGUUAGCCGGUCAGACUGGCAGCCCUGUGAGGUGUGAGGGCAGAUGGAGGGCAGGCCACUGUGUGUGUGUGUGUGUGUGUGUGUGUGUGUGUCAGCAUGUGUUCGUGGUGCAGCUUGCAUUAUCUCCUAGGACAGGGCACUUUAAAUGGCUCUGGUUUGUGUUAUGUGGCCUUGUUGAGGUGAUGGCAAGUCAGGCAUGUUUUCAGCUGCAUGUGUUCCGUGUGUUCCAUUGCAAGACACAGAUACAGCCCUCAGAGCCCUAACACGUACUUCCUGCAGUUGUGUUCUAUUUUCCAUGAGAAGCCUUACCAAACACAGCCCCAAUGCUCCCUGAAGCCCAUUAUGGUACUCUACUUGAACUCAGGCACUGUUGUGAGGUCUUGCUGCCUCCCGAUGUUAUACUCUAUCUUAAGGUGAAAAUGCAUCAGAGGAGAAGCCUUGCCUGCUACCCUCCUACCUGACUCUAUCUGAAGCCAGAUUUUGCCCAACCCCCAUCGGAUCAGCUGUCCAGCAAUCACCAGCACCAGAGCAGUCAUGCCCUUCCUGUCACCCAUGGGAGGAGCUGCAUGCCUGACGUGUUCUCACUUUAGGGGGAAUUGACUGUAAAUUCCUUAAAAUAACUUGUGGUUGAGGGUCAAAGGUUAAUAUUCUGCCUGUUCAUUGGAUGUUUUCCCUGCACUGACCUUGUGACUGACCCCAAGUUAUUGUCAGGAGAUGCCCCAGUAUGCUGGAUGUGAUGGAUGGAAAAAUAAUACUUUAGUUACAAAAGGCACUUUAUAAGAGUUUUACAGUACACUCCUCAGCCAGCAGAAACAAUCUCGGUGUCUCCACGUUGUGUCACUUAUGUACAAUCGUGCUUGCCACCGGGUCUACAGAACACAAUAGUUACCGAGGCUGUCGUAAGAAGUAACACAGUAACAGGGACUUGGAGUAGAACAGUAACAUAACCAACCUUGUCACUUAAAAAAAGGUAUUAAGUUACAACAUUAGCCUACAUGAAUGCAGUAUUUCAAAUAUUUCAAACUUUGUCAGGCUUGAAAAAAGAAUUAAUUUACAACACAACAUGAAUUUAGUAUUCUAAAUAUUUACAUGUGCCAUCAACCUGUCUCAGUAUUGGUAGAGCAAUGUGUGUGUGG